AAGAACAGAAGCCCGGUAAUAAAAAAAUAUGUUAAAAAUGCCUGUGAAAACGGCCACGACUUUAACCAGCAGCAACGGUUGUCAUGUUUUGGACAGUUUACUCAUUGACGACGAGGACGUCUGCUUCUACGAGCUGUUAUCAAACGACGAGCCGUUACUGUCGGACGACAUAUGGAAAAAAUUCGACCUGGAAGAUCUGCCACUUCCCGGUCUCGAAUCAAUUUUACGUGACCUGGAGGAAGAGCAACCGUUAACACCCCAUAUCGAAAAUAACAGCAGCAGCAACAACACCAGUAACAAUAAUAUGAACGGUUGCAACAACGAUUCCCCACAAGUGGUCGACACCAUCAGAAACCACGAUUGCAUGUGGGCCGGUCACUGUGGAAGCAAAGAGCACCCGGCAGAUGCGUUAUUUUGUAUUAGUAAUGGUAAUAAUUGUAAAGCUGCCGUUGCACCUGGCUCUUGCGUUCGUCCCCAGGUGAAAACACCUGUCAAACUUCAACAGCAACCAGUGGUCUCGGCCGGUCGUAGUCUCCUGCUAAAGACUUUCGCAAAACAGGCUUCGACGACGACGCUCUUACCACCAACUUCCACGGCUACAGCGCCCCUUGUACCCAGUCCCGAAUCGCCCCCCAUUUCUGACGAUGAAGGUCAAAUGUCACCCAACGCUAUUCUCAAAGCCCUGUACGAGGCUAUCGAAGAAUGCGAUGAAGUGGACGAAGACAGCGACCUGUGUGAAUACUUUGAAGAGCCAGAGGAAGAAGAAGAAGAUGAUGACGACGACGAAGAAGAAGAAGAAGAGGAGGAGGAUGACGACUUGGAGUUCGAGUUGAGGGAGGAGCCGUCAUCUCCGCCGUCUGCGACGUCCUGCAAGCCGCUACACUUCACCCCCGAGAUCGAUCACAGCUACCACAAGGGCAAGCUACCCCACGCGCACUUUGCCGGUCUCGGAAUCGACACCCCGUCUGACUCAGAGGAGGAAAUUGACGUGGUGUCCGUUGGUGGCGAGAAACAAACUAUACUAAACAACAACCGAUGCGGCUAUGUCCUCCCCAACAAUCCCACGUUCAAAGAUCGCCAGCAUUUACAAAGAACGAUGGCGUCGGCGAUCCAGAUCAAACAACAGCAGCAAGAAAGCUCAGACAGUCGGCGUAUUAAUAACACUAAUAAUACGACGACCGCGUUCGUUAAACCCCCUCGUACGUUUGAUACGACCACCACCACCACCACCCCCGCCAAAAGGCAUUUGCCGGAACCCCGCGCGGUCAAAAGGAAUAAGAUCAAUCAUUACAGGAUAGCACAGACAACGACGUCCCCUUAUAAACGCCGAAUGGGCUACAGUAGCGACAGCGAACCGGAGCCCUCGGAGAAGCGCAGUCUUCACAAUAACAUGGAAAGACAGCGGCGAAUCGACUUGAGGAAUGCGUUCGACUGUUUGCGAUUGCUCGUGCCGGAAGUGGCCGGACGAGAGAGGGCUCCCAAAGUGGUCAUACUCCGUGAAGCGGCCUCUUACUGCGACCACCUCGGAGAAGUUUCGAUCAAUAUGCACCAGCAGAUAAACGACCUGCGUAAACAGCAAGAAAAACUUCGAGCGCGCGUGUCUCAAUUGAGACGCAACCUGGCCGCAAAACGUUAAAAGACGCGAAAAAAUAAGGAAAUAGUUGUAAAACAAUGCAAAGACAUGUGCAUGAUAAUAUGUAAGUAAACGAAGGAAUUGAUUGGUAAUGUUACAACACACAGACAGACAUACACAUACCAUACAAACACACAGACAUUGCUCGAUUGAACAUAACACAAGCACAAACUGUUUCGUUUUAUUUUUUAUUAGGUGUAUUCGCUGGAAAUAUUUUAACUGUGAUCCAUAUGAAAGUUAAGUUAGUUAAUUUAGAAAAGUUAAGUUUUGUUUGAUGAUUUUUUUUUUGUUGUAUAUAGUUGUUCAGUAGUGCAAGGUAAAAAAAAAGGAAGACCGAUAGGUACGGAUAUUUUCUUCGUGACUCGUUCGUGGUGGGGUUUUGUUUCUUUUCUCAAAUAAUUAAAAAAAAAAAAAAUAGUUCGUUUUUCAACAUUGGAUAUUUGUGAUUUAAUUUUUGUGAUAGUUUUGUAAUUAUUGAAUUUUUGCGGGGAACGUUACUUUGAAUUGAGAAUAAUUGACCGUUGGGCUAACGAUUGGCGGCCAAGUUGAUCCACACAGAGCGCGCGCGUCGAAUGUUGUCCUCUUCUUAUUAUUAUUAUUAUUGGUUCGUUUUAAUUUUUUUUUUGU